AUGAAAACCGCACAACUGAAAAUGAGCCGUGCUAAAAGUUUUCAUUUGCGGUCGCUUUAUCAGCAACACGGAUUUAAGGAACACAAUAAGGCUUACCGCUUUUUUAAAAAUCUUUACGAGUAUGACGAAAGAGAAGCAUUUUUGCUAGGCAAAGGCAAAUUUGAUAAAGCCAGCGGGCAGCGAUUAAACGGCAACCAGCAAAUUUUCCGCCGAACUGAUAACACUUAUUUUUACCGCACCCACGAAAAACAAGUUGGAGAAGUCUCCCAACCUUUACGAUUAAGUAAAAAUUUUCGCUUGACUACUAAUUUAAAUCCGGGCGGCCUAGUGAAAUUAGCUAAAAAGCAGCGAAAAAAACCCGCCCUAGAAUUAACUUUUGGCCGACGGAAAAACCGAAUUUUGACGCAUGAUUUUCAAGAAUUUUUAAUUACUAGUUUAUUGUCGUUUUGCCAAAAAGCCGAAUUCAGCAAAAUUCCGCUCGAAGCCGAACAAGUCCCCAAAGAAGGCGGUAGUUGUGAUAAAUCCGUUUUUAGCCAUUUUCAAACUAAAUCGGUGCUGAAUUUCACCUUUGCUCCGGAGCAGGCUGAACUCGCCCACCGCUUUUUCGCUAAUCUUGACGCUUACACGGAAGAAUACGAAGCCAUAGAGGCUAAGGAUUUUUUUAAUCCGCGAAUUACCGACCCCGGGGAAAUUUUGUUUAUUUCACCCCCUAAAAAAGAAAAAGCCCAGCGAAAAGUUAUGAAAAACACCCCAGAGAAAUUAAUUUGCUCGCACUGUGGACGAGGGAUAAGACCAGGCUACGAGGAACAAUGCGACAGUGGUAAUGCUGAUUUGCCUAGUAAAAGUCGUGGCGGGUUAGACACUAAACAACCCGCAAAACCCAACAUUUUUAUUUUACCGAAUUAUGCCAAAUCUAACCGAAAUUUGAAAGAAAUUCAUAGCAACCUUGAAGUGAAUAAAGCAAAAUUGACGAGCAAUUUUAGCCCUGGGAGGAGUUUUAAUAUUUCUCCUUUUACUCCCCCCGAACCCAAACUCAAAAACCCGUCAAUUAGGAAUUUCCCCAAGUUUGAACCCGAAAUCGAAAUAAUAAUAAAUGAACCGCCUGAACUUUCCCCAACAACUAACCAGGAAAAUUUUUCCGCAACCGUCCCACUAAAACAACCCCCAAAUUCUUUUGACCCAGAACAAUACCUAGCCCAGUUCCGAGCCCGAUUGAGCGGGGGAGACCAAGAACACGAGGAGGAA